AUGUCGAACCCCGAAAACUACACCGUCGGCUGGAUCUGCGCCAUCACUACCGAGUUUGUCGCAACACAAGCCUUCCUUGACGAGAGGCACGAUAAACCUGCGCGUGUUGCCCCUCAAGACAACAAUAGCUACGCCCUAGGCAGUCUCAGCGGCCACAAUGUAGUCAUCGCCGUUCUGCCCCAGGGUGAAUACGGCACCAACUCGGCCGCCGUCGUCGCCAGGGACAUGUUGCACAGCUUCCCCAACAUCCGGGUUGGGUUGAUGGUCGGGAUUGGAGGCGGCGCUCCGACCCCUGAGCACGAUAUCCGCCUUGGCGACAUCGUCGUCAGUCGCCCGCGCGACGGGAAAAGCGGCGUGUUGCAGUACGACUUCGGCAAGACGAUUCAGUCUCAGGCCUUUCAACAGACCGGGUUCCUGAACCAGCCACCGCAGGUCCUACGGACAGCUGUGGCCAGCCUUGAGGCCAUGUAUGAGGCCGACGGGCAUCAGCUUGAUGAGCGCAUCGACGAGGUUCUCCAGAAAAAGCCGCGCCUUCGGAAGAAGUAUUCGCGGCCGCAGUCGAGCAGUGACAGGCUGUACAAGUCAGACAUCGUGCACCCUCAGGACACAGACGACGGCUGCAGCCAGGUCUGUGGCAACGAAUCUUCGGCCUUGGUGCUACGCCGCAAACGCGACAGAGAUGAAGACGAUGACCCGGCUAUCCACUAUGGGCUUGUGGCCUCGGCGAAUCAGCUGAUGAAGGACGCGCGCGUAAGGGAUAAGCUCGCAGAAGAGAAUUAUGUGCUCUGCUUCGAGAUGGAAGCGGCAGGCCUGAUGAACCACUUCCCCUGUCUGGUCAUUCGUGGUAUAUGCGACUAUUCAGAUUCCCACAAGAACAAGGAGUGGCAGGGCUUUGCUGCUAUGGCGGCCGCGGCAUAUGCAAAGGACCUUCUCAACCAGAUAUCAGUCAGCAGGAUCGAAGGCGAGACGAGAAUAGAAGAAGUCCUAAAAUCACUGGAAGGGAGCAUAAACAAUAUUGAAUCUACUUCAAACCAGAUCAUUGAAACGGUCAAGUCGAUUAGAUCUGCUAGCCGCAUCGCGCAAAUCAAGGAUUGGCUCUCGCCUCCGGACACAUCCACCAACUUUAAUCAUGCGCGUAAAGUGCAGCUUGAAGGAACCGGCACGUGGUUUAUGAAGAGCGUCGCUUUUGAGGAGUGGCAGCUCGGAUCGCGUCGCCAUCUAUGGCUUCACAGUAAACCGGGAUGCGGUAAGACCGUUCUAUGUGCCAAGAUCCUCCAUCAUCUCAAAAAUACAGAGGGAUACGUGGCUCUUGAAUUCUUUUUCGAUUUCAGCGAUACGGCGAAGCAGAAUUUGGAUGACCUACUCCGUUCACUUAUCUUCAAGCUCUACAACCACGGGGGCGAGGCUGUAAAUGAACUUGACAGUCUAUUCAACUCUUGCCAAAGCCCACAAGGCCAACAACAGCCAGAAACAACGGCACUGGCGAACACUCUUCACGCCAUGAUGAAACGGUCCAAGAAGAUUUACAUUGUUCUCGACGCUUUGGACGAAUGCACUAUGCGAGAAAAACUCCUCGUCUGGAUAGAGAAUAUCGUUUCCAAUCCCGAUUUUAACCACGUUCAGCUGCUUGCCACCAGCCGACCGGAAGAGGAGUUCCGACGCAGCAUUCCCGUCUGGAUUGGCGAGGAUAGCUGCAAAGAGUUGAACAAGGAGUCUGUCACCAUCGACAUCAUCGCUUAUAUUGAAGACCGACUACAGCGCAGCCCUGAGUUCAAGAAGUUCCGAUGGGCUGCCUGUCAACUUGAUAGUCUUGAAGCGUGCUUGGACCGCGAAGGAAUCGAAGCAGCUCUCCAAGCUCUGCCCCGAGAUCUGAACGAGACCUAUAGCCGCAUCCUCCAGCAGAUUCCACAGCAACGCAAGAUGAGAGCGAUCCGUCUUCUCCAGUUUCUUGUCCAUUCUGACCGACCUUUGCGACUCGAGGAAGCCGUAGAUGUGGUGGCCGUCCGGCUUGACAACGGUCAACGGUUUUUUGACGCCGAAGACAGGCUGCCUUGUCCAGCCGAUAUUAUGCGAUUCUGCCCAAGCCUGGUGUCCAUUACUCGAGUAAGAGUCUCAUAUUUGCCAGGAGAGGUAGAAGAAGUGCAGCUAGCUCAUUUCUCCGUCAAGGAAUACCUUAUACACUAUGGUGUCGAGGGAUUUCGUCACGUAGAGGCUAGCAUCAGCAUCACCCACACGUGCUUGACCUACCUCACCAGUAUGGCAAAAGAAGCCAUCCGCAUCACCCACGCACGUUCAACCAAUGUCACCAGCAUAUCAGAAAAAGAGGAGGAGGAGGAGGUGACAGUUUGCAGAGUCAUUACGCAGUGCUUUCCACUGGCAAUAUAUGCUACAGGAGUUUGGAUGAAUCAUGCUAAGCUUGCUGAAUGUGUGGACGAAGUUGUGGCGGCGGCAACGGUUAACUUCUUCUGCAACACAACAACACUUGAACAAUGGACUCGAGUGUUUCAACCCGACAGGGAAAAUCUUACAUUUUUAGCGCCACGGUUUCAACGACCAGGAUGCACAGAACCAUCCUGUCUAUAUUUCGCAUGCCUUGGUGGGCUCACUGAAACUGCAAAGCAGCUGAUACUGAAGGGAGCAGAUGUCAAUACUCAAGGCGGCUUAUAUGGUAGUGCCCUCUGGGAUGCUUGCUUUAGAGGCCACAAAGAGGUUGUCCAGUUGCUCCUCAGUAAUGGAGCAGAUGUCAACGCCAAGGGCGGCCACCAUGGUAAUGCCCUCCGGGCUGCUUGCUUUGGAGGCAAUAUAGAGGUUGUCCAGUUGCUCCUCAGUAAUGGAGCAGAUGUUAACGAUCAAGGCCACCGCUAUGGUAGUGCCCUCCAGGCUGCUUCCUAUGCAGGCCACAUAGAGGUUGUCCAGUUGCUCCUUAGGCAAGUCGACGUCGAUUCAAGAGAUAAUGAUGGUCGAUCGACAUUAUCGUGGGCAGCAGAGAAGGGAAGUAAAGAGAUGGUCCAGAUGCUUCUCAACACAGGGCAAGUCGACGUCGAUUCGAGAGAUAAUGAUGGUCGAUCGACAUUAUCGUGGGCAGCUGAAAUGGGAAGUAAAGAGAUGCUUAUCAACACAGGGCAAGUCGACGUCGAUUCGAGAGAUAAUGAUGGUCGAUCGGUGUUAUCGUGGGCGGCCGGAAUGGGACAAGAGCUUGUCUUGAAAAUGCUUCUUGAGACGCAACUGGACGCCGUGGCAGCGGGCAAGAACGAGCUGAGCCAACCAGCCUGCCUCUCUGACAACAGGCAAGCCCGGGAUAUUCACGAACAAGCAUUGGACUCAUUCUCUGCACCGUCAAACAAGAAUGCUGUUCCAAGUUGGGUUCUAACGAAUGGUGUUGACAUCAACUCAAAAGACAAUGCCGGUGCUACGCCUAUUAUAUACGGCGAAGUGGAUGCGGUUCGUCUAUUAUUUAUAGAUCCCGACUCUUGCGACAACCACGGGAGUACACCGCUCUCUUGGGCCGCUAAAGGUUAUUUUUGGGCCCCUGAAGAACGCCACGAGAAGAUCGUAUCGCUUCUCGUCGCGAGCAAAAGAAUUGACAUCAAUUCACGAGACCGGGAUGGCUACACGCCGUUGAUGUGGGCACUAUGGCGUUCCAGCAGUCGCUUGCUGGUUCAAGCUGGGAGUGGUUUGUCGGAUACAUGCAAAGCCACGUUGGCUUUUGAGGCUUUCUUGUGGAAAGACGCAGACGAGCACGAUCAGCUCAUGGACUCCAUUGGCUAUCCCGACUUCCAUGAUCUCUUAGGGCUGCGGAGAUUGUUUUGCGACUCCUGCGAUGAGUGA